GCAGCCCCAGCCCCAGCCCCGCCUCACUACUACGCCACCGCUGCAUGGUCCACCCGCAUCUGUCACAACUGCAGCUGUUCUGGAUCCGCGGCAUGCCCUCUGUUAUACCGAGACUUAGGUGGUGGUUUUCACGAGAAAGAUAGCUAUGUCGGAAGUACGGAAAUUUACCAAAAGGUUGAGUAAACCUGGGACUGCAGCGGAACUCCGGCAAAGCGUCUCGGAGGCUGUGAGAACCUCCGUGAUUGUGGAGCAGCCUAAGAUCAUUGAGCCAUUGGACUAUGAGAACGUGGUGUUCCAGAGGAAGGCCCAGAUCCACAGUGACCCUCACCGAGACCUGCUGCUGUGUGCUGUCGACGAUGUCUCGGCGUCUCACAUCUCCCGCCAAAGGAGAACGUUGGUUCCAUCAGUGCCUCAGAAUGCAGAAAGAGAAGCUAAGAGCCUGUUCGCCAAGGAGUGCAUCAAGACUUACAACAAGGACUGGCACGUCAUCAACUACAAAUACGAAGCGUACUCUGGUGAUUUCCGUAUGCUGCCAAGUAAAGGCUUGAAGACUGACAAGCUGUCUGCUCAUGUGUUUGAGAUUGACGAAGACGCCAAAGAUGAGGACUCGUCGUCCCUCUGCUCCCAGAGAGGAGGCAUCAUGAAACAGGGCUGGCUGCAUAAGGCCAACAUCAACAGCAGCCUGUCUGUCUCCAUGCGGGUGUUCAAGAGGAGGUAUUUCUACCUGUCCCAGCUGCCAGACGGCUCUUACAUCCUCAACUCCUAUAAGGAUGAGAAGAACUGCAAGGACACCAAAGGAUCUAUUUACCUGGACUCCUGUGUAGAUGUCAUUCAGUGCCCUAAGAUGCGUCGCAACGGCUUUGAGCUGAAGAUGCAGGAGCGCUAUAGUCACUUCCUGGCUGCAGACAGCGAGGCGGAGAUGGAGGAGUGGGUGGUCACCCUGAAACAGGCCCUGCAGAGCAGCAGCGACGGAGGAGACCGGAGGAAUGGAGGAGACAGCCUUGACCUGGAUGAGGACAGUACCAGCCAGGGAAAAGGAGAGAGCCUAUUGGAGAGUCUCGGGAAGAGUCUCCACCCUGAACUCAUGAAGUACGCCAGGGAAACAGACCAGCUCAAUAAAAUCAACAGGAACGAGGGGAGACAAAAGCUGUUCCUGCUGGACCCUGAAACACAGAGGCUGGACUUCUCGGGCAUCGAGCCGGACGUGAAGCCGUUUGAGGAGCGUUUCGGCAGGCGCAUCGCUGUCAGCUGCCAUGACCUGACCUUCAGCUUGCAGGGCUGUGUCAGCGAGAAGGGAGAUGGGGUCCUCACCAACGUGGAGCCGUUCUUCAUCAGCCUCGCUCUUUUUGACGUGUCCAAGAGUUGUAAAAUCUCCUCUGACUUCCACGUGGACCUCAACCCUCCCUGCGUACGGGAGAUGCUGACCGACACCGGCCCACUCUCUCCUAUGUCAGAGGGAGGAGAAGGAGGUGGAGGGGUGAAUGGAGGUGUCAACGGAGGCGCGGGGAACGGGAACGGUCUUCCUGUUCUUCAGAGGGUGUCUGAGUCUCUGCUGCGCUUCCCCACUCAGGGGAUUUUCUCAGUGACCAACCCCCAUGCUGACAUCUUCCUGGUGGCCAGAGUGGAAAAGGUCCUUCAGAACGGCAUCACUCAUUGUGCAGAGCCCUACACUAAGACCUCAGACAUCAACAAGACAGCCCAGAAGGUUCUGAAGACUGCCAAGCAGACGUGUCAGCGUCUGGGCCAGUAUCGGAUGCCUUUUGCCUGGGCUGCUAAGCAGGUGUUUAAAGAUGCCCAGGGCAGUCUGGACAUGGACGGGAAGUUCUCUCCCCUCUAUCGCCAGGACAGCAGCAAGAUUUCCACCGAUGACCUCAUCAAGAUGCUGGCUGAUAUCAGGAAGCCAGAGAAGAGCAAGCUGCAGACCAUACCUGGACAGCUGAAUGUCACAAUCGAGUGUGUGCCUCCAGACUUCUCAAACACGGUGACCUCGUCCUACAUUCCAGUCAAGCCUUUUGAGGAGGACUGUGAGAGGGUCUCUGUGGAGAUGGAGGAGUUCCUCCCUGAGGAAGCCAAGUACAACUACCCCUUCACUGCCUACAAGAACCAUCUAUACAUCUACCCCCUGCAGCUGAAAUACGACAACCAGAAGACCUUCACCAAGGCAAGGAACAUAGCUGUGUGUGUUCAGUUCAGGGAUUCUGAUGAAGAAGGUGCAGCUCCUCUGAAGUGCAUCUACGGAAAGCCGGGCGACUCUCUCUUCAUCACCGGUGCCUCUGCGGCCGUCCUUCACCACAACCAGAGCCCUGAGUUUUAUGACGAGGUGAAGAUUGAGCUGCCGGUCCACGUCCACGAGAAACACCACGUCCUCUUCACCUUCCACCACAUCAGCUGUGAGAUCAGCGCCAAGACCAGCGCCAAGAAGAGGGAGGGAGUUGAGACACUGGUGGGCUAUGCCUGGGCGCCACUGCUGAAGGAUGGCAGGAUGCAGUCUACGGAGCUCCAGUUGCCUGUGUCCGCUACCCUGCCGGCAGGGUACCUGCAUGACAAGUCCCAGGACACCAGGAAGUCAGCGCCUGAUUUAAAAUGGGUGGAGAACGGCAAGCCUCUGUUCAAAGUGAGGACCAAUGUGGCAUCAACGAUAUAUCCACAGGAUCUGCACCUCCACAAGUUCUUCCAGCACUGCCAGCUGAUGCGCUCAUCGUCGGAGGGCAACCCAGCGGAGCUCAUCAAGUAUCUGAAGUGUCUGCAUGCCAUGGAGACUCAAGUCAUCAUCAAGUUCCUCCCCACUGUGCUGGUGCAGCUGUUUGAGGUCCUCACCACGGCAACCAAAGAAGCCACUGAAAUUGCUGUCAACUCAACCCGGGUGAUCAUACACAUUGUUUCCCGGUGUCACGAGGAGGGACUGGAAAACUACCUGCGCUCUUUUAUCAAGUAUGUGUUUCUGACCAACAACUCGUUAUCUGGAAACUCUGCCACCACUCACGAGGUGCUGGCCACGGCCGUCACUGCCAUUCUCAAACAAACAGCAGACUUCAACACCAGCAACAAACUCCUCAAGUAUUCCUGGUUCUUCUUUGAGACCAUGGCCAAGUCUAUGGCCCAGUACUUGCAGGAGGGCAACAGGAUCAAGAUGCCCCGGGCCCAGAGGUUUCCGGACAGCUUCCACCAGGCACUCCAGUCCCUGUUACUGUCCAUCAUGCCUCACAUCACCAUCCGCCACGCAGAGAUCCCUGAGGAAGCCCGCUGUGUCAACCUCAGCCUGGCUGGCUUCAUUAAGCGCUGCCUCACCUUCAUGAACCGAGGCUUCGCCUUCAGCCUGAUCAACGACUACAUGUGUGGUUUCACCCUCAAAGACCCCAAGGUGUGGACGGAGAUGAAGUUUGACUUCCUGAUGACGGUGUGCAACCACGAGCAUUACAUCCCGCUCAACCUGCCCAUGGCGUUCGGUCGCACCAAGCUGCAGAGAGUCCAAGAUUUUAUUUCGUACGCGACAGAGCUUUUCAGUGCAGUAGAUCAGAGCCUGGAGUGUUCGCUGACGGAGGAGUACUGUAAGAACCACUUCCUGGUCGGCCUGCUGCUCAGGCAGGUGGCGGAGGCCCUGCAGGGGCCGCCGGAGGUCAGGCAGCUGGCCGUGGCCGUCCUGAAGAACCUGCUCAUCAAACACGCCCUGGAUGACCGCUACAACACGUACAAGAACCAGCAGGCCCGUAUUUGUCUGCUGUACCUUCCAGUGCUGGAGCUGCUCUACCAGAACCUCAAGCAGCUGUCUGCCCAGCAGUACACAUCCAGCCCUGGCCUUGCCUUCAACGGAUCCAGAGACGACUUGAGGUCAGCUGGCCUGCUGGACAACCGGAGGACCAGCGCAGCCUUGGAUAAAGACCACGGCCCCGUAGCCCAGAACGGGCACCCGGUGAGGAGAGAGGACUCCCGAGGAUCUCUGUUCAUGGAGCCUGGCACCCCAGACAGCGCCGAGCUCCACCGUCGGGGCUCCACCAUGAGCACCAGUACCACUCUCCCUCCCACUGGCAGACUGGGUCCUUAUGAGAUCAAAGGGCUGCUGCUUUGUUUCCUCCACAUCAUCAGGGCCAUCUCAGAAGAUAAUCUGCUGGCCUACUGGAACAAAGUAAACCCUCAGGAUGUCAUGAACUUCCUUAGUCUACUAGAAACGUGCCUGAAGCAGUUUCGUUACGCUGGCAAGAGGAACAUUGGCAGGAGCCAGGAUGCCUGGGUUUCCAAGCUGUUUUCAUCAGACAGGAAAUCCCAAACCAUGCCCGUAAUGCGUUGCAGACCCGGACUCAUGCAGAACAGACUGCAGCAGUUCGGCACCAUGGAAACCUCUAUGACUCUCAACAUAGGGGCAGGUCCUUCAGAGGCAGAGGUCCACCACCAGGCUCUCUUAGAGGGCUGCAUCUCCACCGAGGCCUGCCUCAGUGUUCUGGACGUCCUGUCGCUCUUCACUCAGUGUUUCAAGAACCAGUUGCUGGACUGCGACGGCAACAACCCCCUGAUGAGGAAGGUUUUUGACGUUUAUCUGACCUUCCUAAAGGUUGGCCAGUCAGAGUAUGCCCUCAGACAUGUCUUUGCCUCCCUCAGGGCUUUCAUCAACAAGUUCCCGGCGUCACUGUUCAAAGGCCGCGUAACCCUGUGCGAGGCUCUCUGCUACGAGGUGCUGAAGUGCUGCGUGUCCAAGAUGGCCCUGCUCCGCGCCGAGGCCUCGGCCCUGCUGUACCUGCUCAUGAGGAACAACUACGAGUACACCAAGAGGAAGACCUUCCUACGCACUCACCUGCAGGAUAAUGAGAACGGUUGGAGUGGACAGAGAGGUGGUCAAGCAGUGGUUCGGUCUGUCAACACAGCUGUACACAGUAGAGGGGAAUCAGACUGCUGGACCACCCAUGGUACCAGGAAUGUUAACCCACCCACACACACACACACACACACACACACUGCUCUCAUUUCCAAUUUCCUUGUCCAGAUCAUCAUCGCUGUGAGCCAGCUGAUAUCAGAUGUGGCGCUGACUGGAAGCUCCCGUUUCCAGGAGUCUCUCUCCAUCAUCAACAACUUUGCCAACAGUGACAAAGCCAUGAAGUCCACAGCGUUCCCUGGCGAGGUGAAGGGACUGACCAAGCGUAUCCGGACGGUGCUUAUGGCCACGGCACAGAUGAGGGAGCACGAGAAGGACCCGGAAAUGCUGCUGGACCUGCAGUACAGCCUGGCCCGCUCCUACGCCUCCACCCCCGAGCUGAGGCGGACCUGGUUGGACAGCAUGGCCCGGGCGCACAUCAAGAACGGGGACUUCUCCGAGGCCGCUAUGUGUUACGUUCACGUCGCCGCCCUGGUGGCUGAAUAUCUCCACAGGAAAAAGAUGUUCUCCAGCGGCCUGGCAGCCUUCAAAAGGAUCACUCUGAAUAUCGAAGAGGAGGCUGCCAUGAAGGAAGACACGGGCAUGCAGGAUGUUUACUACACCGAGGAGGUCUUAGUGGAGCAUUUGGAGCUGUGCGUAGAGGCACUGUGGAAGGCCGAGCGAUACGAGCUGAUCACACACAUUGCCAAACUCAUCAUCCCUGUCUAUGAGAAACGCCACGAAUUUGAGAAACUGAGUCGUCUGUAUGACACGCUGCACAGAGCCUACAAUAAGAUCCUGGAGGUGAUGCACACAGGCCGUAGACUACUGGGGACUUACUUCAGAGUGGCUUUCUAUGGACAGGGCUACUUUGAGGAGGAGGAUGGGAAGGAGUAUGUGUACAAGGAGCCUAAACUCACCGGCCUGUCUGAGAUCUCCCAGCGCCUACUAGGGCUCUACGGUGACAAGUUUGGUGCGGAGAAUGUCAAAAUCAUGCAGGACUCCAACAAGGUAAACCCCAAAGACCUAGACGCCAAGUUUGCCUACAUCCAGGUCACUUUUGUCAAGCCUUACUUUGAUGAGAAAGACUGUCCGGAGAAGAAGACCGACUUUGAGAAGUGCCACAACAUCAACCGCUUUGUGUUUGAGACGCCGUACACACUGACUGGGAAGAAACAUGGCGGCGUGGAAGAGCAGUGCAAGAGAAGGACCGUGCUCACAACUGCCAACACGUUUCCGUAUGUGAAGAAGCGUGUGGAAGUGACUGGGGAGAAGCAGGUAGAGCUGAAGCCUGUGGACGUGGCCAUCGAUGAGAUGCGAGCGCGCACAGCCGAGCUGACCAAACUCUGCUCCUCUCAGGAGGUGGACAUGAUUCAGCUGCAGCUCAAACUGCAGGGCUGUGUCUCUGUACAGGUAAACGCUGGUCCCAUGGCCUAUGCCCGAGCCUUUCUGGAUGACUCCAGCAAGUCCAGCAGCAAGAAAGCAAUCGAGCUCAAGGAGAUAUUUAGGGGUUUUGUCGAGGCCUGCAGCGUGGCGCUGGACAUCAACGAGCGCCUGAUCAAGGAGGACCAGUUUGAGUACCACGAGGGGCUGAAGGGCAACUUCAAAGAGAUGGUUAAGGAGCUGUCGGACAUCAUCCACGAACAGCUUUAAGGAAGCCAGAUCUUCCAGGAGGAUAUGAUGCGUUCCCUGCUCCAGAACUCCUUACACGUAUUCCGUGCCAUCAGUGGAACGUCUACAGAACUAGUCUAGACACACUGUUUCUUUCUCAUUCCACCUUAUCAACUGUAAAGGUCCUGUCAUCAGUGUACUUUGGGAUGUUCACUGUUCAGUAAGCCAGUUUGCUAGAGAGUAUGACUGAAGACUAGAGUCUUGGAGAAUGUACCAUGUAUUGCUAGAUUACCAAGCAGAUAACAGUCAGACUUUGCUGCAUUGUCACCUUUUGGGUUACAGUGUUUCCGUUUGUUGUAACUACAAGCAUCAUGAAUGACUUGUAUUUUUUUUAAUGAGAGGAGGAUGUUAUUUUGCCAUGUUUAAUCACUUUUUUCAAAUUUGGACUUCAACUCGAAGCUCUAUGCAAAAAUAUCAUCCUCAUCAACAUUUCACCACUGUAGUCUACCUAGCCUGCCUGCUGAGGAAUAAGCCACAUACUUGGUCAAUCACUCUGCUGUUUUCAGUAGGGGUGAAACCUAUUCAGUGCAAGGUGACACAAAGGCACUAUACCUGAAUUAAUCCAAUAAGAAAACACAUUGUUGUUACAUUACAACGUGUAAGAUCUUCUUUACUGAAUACAAGCCAGGUGAUGUUAGCUGUUUGUCCGUGGUCAGUGCAGAUCUGUUGUUUUUGCAUACUGUGUAAAAUGUCUGUUUUGGUUUUAGGUGAGAGUAAAUGCAUUUUAACACUUAAGUGCUAGUUCUUAUUCUGCAAUGUUAAGAGGUGGCUAAUACUGCUGACGAUCCAGUGUCAAACAAAGAGUAACCCAGCUGAUAUCUACGUUAGAUAAGGAAAGUCUAUGGUAGGGGAAAAUGUGUAAUACUACAUUAUAUAUUUUUUUCUUUGCUGUAGAGUGCAAGGCACUUGAGGAUGUAACUUUGUCAGUCAUGCAGUAGCGCUGUUCAGUUGUUGAGAUAAUUUGACAAUUCAUGGUUACAACCAACAUGAGGUGUGAAAACAACAUGACUAGAGCUGGCAAAAGACAAACCAAUGUGGGACCAGACACGUUAAAAUGAUUGAUGACUGUAUCAGCUGGCUGGAUCUGGAUCUAGUGGUAAAUAGAUACAUUUCUGUUAAGAAAAGUAUCUUGCCGUUUCAAGUUAUAAUAAAAUUC